GAAUACCAGGGCCGGCUCAGCCCGCCCUGCGCCGCCCCCGCCGCCCCGGGCAAGGACACGCCGCCGCGCGGCCAGCACGGGCAGGGGGCCGCCGCCAUGGGGCCGCAGGGCAAAGGCGCGCCCGCGGAGCGCGGCGAGGAGGCGGCGCGGCCGUGCUGCGGCUGCCGGUUCCCGCUGCUGCUCGCGCUGCUGCAGCUGGCCCUGGGCCUCGCCGUGACCGUGCUGGGCUUCCUCAUGGCGAGCGCCAGCCCCUCGCUACCGCUCAGGGCCACUCCGUUUUGGGCUGGGAUCACUGUCUGCUUAGUGGCCUAUCUUGGUUUGUUUAUGCUCUGUGUCUCAUAUCAAGUUGAUGAACGGACAUGUAUCCAGUUUGCAAUGAAACUGCUGUAUUUUCUGCUGAGCGCCCUGGGCCUGGUGGUGUGCGUGCUGGCCGUGGCGUUUGCUGCCCACCACUAUUCACAGCUCACACAGUUUACCUGCGCAACCACGCUCGACUCCUGCCAGUGCAAACUGCCCUCCUCGGAGCCACUCAGCAGGACCUUUGUGUACCGGGAUGUGACUGACUGUGCCAGCAUCACUGGCACUUUCAAGUUGUUCUUGCUCAUCCAGAUGAUUCUUAACCUGGUCUGUGGCCUUGUGUGCUUGCUGGCCUGCUUUGUGAUGUGGAAACACAGGUACCAGGUCUUUUAUGUGGGUGUCAGGAUGUGCCCCCUGACAGCUUCUGAAGGCCAGCAGCAAAACGUCUAGCAUUCUUUCUGAAAGGUGGGAGAGAAAACAGUACGCUGACUAGCUGAGGUUCAAAAAAUAUAUAAAAGAGGAAAGCAAGAAAGAAAAAAACUUUUGACAGUAAUUUUCAUUUUUCUAAAUGAAUAUUUUUAUAUUUUUCAGGAAAUGAAAAGGCAUUUCUUCAGGUUUCUGUAGUAUCUUUAAAAAUUCUUAAUGGGAAAAUAAGAUCCAAAUUGACUUUGGGAUAUUAAAAGAACACCGAACAGCAAAGAAUGGCAUCCAUCCAUCUUUACAGCCUGGAGUUUAUUCCUCACACAGGUUUCCCACGAUAUUCAAAAGCAGAUCAUUCGUAUGAAACCUUUCAUGAGGCAGAAUGGCAAUAACCAUUUCGUAAAAGUGAAAAAUCCUCUUUGGAUUUCAUCGGUAAGCAUAAGCAGUAGUAAUGUAGUCUUUCAUAAAAGCAAAGUGGCGCAGAGUGAACUUUCAGAUAGCAGGAGGAAAUGGUACUCAUUUUAUCCAUUACUUACAUGAUCUUUUUGCCUGUCAGCCCAGUUUGGUGUGUUGAUUGGCAUUUCUGGCCAACUUGCUAAACUUGGUAGUCUGUUCCAGGCCUUCCCCCCCUCCCACCUUUAACUUCACUCUGUCUUGGAGAAUGCAGGGACUUGGGGAGGCCAGACUGACUCUCUCCACCGCCCCUGGUAGAUGGUAGAUAGGUCUUCAAGGUAUGACAUAGCUUCGAGGAGCAGAGCAGAGAAGAGACUUUGCAAAAGGCUGAAUAAUGACCAGUAUCUGGGCUGGGGCACCAGCCUUUGCUCUUCAGCUUCCUGAGUUUGGCUUUGCAAGUAGAUCACUUACUGAAUGCUUUAGAUGACUGUCUGCUUCUCCGUAAUGGAAGGUGGGUGGUAGUUGUAUUCCUCAUGAUGUAGAAGGUUUAAAAAUAAUCAUAUUAUGCUUCCAUUCUAUCAUCUAAAACAAAUCAUUAACACUAAUUUCUAGGUAAUUGUUAAUUAUAAUUAUGCUCAGAAGCCUAUUUAAUGAGCCCUGGCUGUACUUACGUAGCACCGGUGUUAUUAGGAGAAAUUACUCUCACAAGAGAGGUGGUGUAAAGAUUCUUUCCUCUGAAAGCCAAGCUUUACAAGGAGGAAAAAAUAGUCAUUUUUAUGAAUAGCUCAAGUUAAAAAUACUCUUAAACAAAAACAAGAGAAUUUGUAAUGGGAAAUGUUUAUACAAAUAGCACAUUUAUGAUAUGUCGUGAAGUCUCUCUCUUGGCAGCUAACUACUUUUGAGGAAAAAUGGGUAAUGUCAAUGUGCUCCGUUCACGAAACUGUAUCCGAUACGUAAUCCUAUUAUUGAUUGCAUAGGCACAGGCAACCUAGAGGCUUAAACUAAUGUUUUGAAGUCCUUAUUUGAGCAAAGGUCCAUUGACUUUAAGGGUCUUUUUGUUUUGUUUUGAAGUGUGACUUAAAAACCUUACGGCAGAGUCUUCCCUCUCUUAUUGUUAUUAUUAAAUUCUGAACAAUAUCAGUGUUUUAUGGACGGAACUCAGAGUCAAUUUCAGGCAGCAUAAAUGUUUUCAAGAACUUUCUCUAUUAGUUUGCUCUGUUGAAAGCAGAAAACCAAGACAAUAAUUGAGCUGUUUGCCUUUCUACAUUGCCUGUUGAUAGACUUUACUAAUCAUGAAGUUCUACCCUAACAGAAAGCCAUUUUCUUGUUUGCCUUAGAAUAUAAAUGAACAAUUUCAUUGAUUGUGAUGAUAGUGUCAACUUUUACCCACAGUAAAUAUCUAAACAAAAAUGUUAAGUCUGUUAGUUGAAGGAUAGUAAAUAUCUUUCAUGUCUUCCAGAUAAAACACCUGAUUAGCAGAUGUGAAAACCUUUUUACUGUCGACUUGCUUUAAAAAUGGCCUUCUUGAUUCCUCAAGGGAGGAACAACCUAAGACAGGCACAGUCGCAGGGGGGCCAUCAGGUGAGAAAUUGGGGAUCAACAGAGGUGAGGCUUAGAACCUCACUCCCCCUGUUCUGAGAGAAAUCUUCUGCAUCCGUGAAUGUUUUGUUGCCCUUGUCUAGCUUGGAUUAACACAUAGUCUACAGGCACACACCUGAUCAUCUACAUUUGCCCUCUUACAGCAAUAAACUAUGUUUUCUACCUUUAUCUUGCAUCUACCUACCAUUUCAGCAUUUUAUUUAAAAAAUAAUAAGAAUGAGAAUAAGAAUAAGAAUAAGGGAGAAAUGUGGGAUUCACAUAUAAAUGAAGUAUAAAAAUCAAACGAAUAAUCAUAAUUGACCUGAUUGUUUAUAGUUCAUGAUGCAUGAUCAAAACCAAAAGUUUCUGUGAUAUGACUGCCCUUCUACUGGUCACCAUGUAAGAACUUAUUCACUAUGUAAGAACUUGUUCACCAUGUAAGAACUUGUUCGUUAUGCUUCAGAAGAUUGGAGACUGUUGAGAAUUAGGCAUGGGGUUGAUUAAUGAUUGUGCUUUGAGUCCCCUAUACAGAAUUUUAUUGUUGUUAACAACCAUAUGAUCAAUAAAUAUGAGAGAUGCCCUCUCAAAAAAAAAAAAUGGCCUUCUUACACAUGAGCUCAGGCCAAGAAAGCACACUGGAGAGCUUAGUGGAUAAGACUGGAACGUAGGUUUGAACACACACGUUACAUGGACGGAACACCCAAGUGUCCUGCUGAUAACCUGAAAAAAUACUUUGUGCCUGUUAAAAAAAAAAACAAUCCCAAUAACUGAAUCCAUUUUGGUGUUGACAAUUUUCUAUAAAGAAAAUGAUGGAGAAUUUGGAAUGUUGUAGGCUUUCUUUAAGGAGUGAGAAACUAGUGUUCUAAUGCUAGUUAUGAUGAAUUAGGCACCAUGGAAACACCCUGUGUACCUCUAACAACUUUUUAUAGUGAACACUACAGGUUUUUAUAUUAGAAAAUUUAAAUUCUACACAUCACUAAGGUGCUCUACGCUUUACAAGCGAUUCACAGGGUAUGUUAAAUGGCAGAAUAAUUUAGCUUAUGUGCUUCCUUUUUCUAAAUAAUGCAACUAGUAAGAACUGGUGUGGUGAUGAGCUUGAAAAAUAAUCAGCAUACAUUAUAUAAUCUAUAUGUAUUGGUUGAUAGAUAGACAUAAGGAUUUUGCUUACUGUGUGACUGAAUUAUUCUUGAAUCCCCAAAGAAAGAAAAAAAAACAUGAAAGAAGGAACAACAACAACAAAAUGAAUAAAAGAAAACAGGAACAAAACAAAGAUUCCUGGGUUACAGACACACAGGGUAUUGAUACAAGGAAGAAUUGUGUUGCAUGAAUAACAAACUGCUUUGGGCUGGAUCUGAAGUAUUUUGAGGUUGUGUUUUGCAAAUAUUGAAGCUACAAUAACGGCAACAGAAAAGGAACAGACACACAGCUUCACACUUAGUAAAAUGAUACAUUUAACAUCUGACAAGAAGCCAGGAUGGGGACUGUCUCUUCUAAGCCAUAAAACAGGAAGGUUUGCGCAAUCGUCCCUCCCACCUCCUUCAGGAGAAUUAAAUGAAUCAAGACUUUGGAAGGAGGGGGAACAGCCGGAACUUGGCAGUACUUGAAAUAGGAGGAAUCCAGCAGCCUAAAUGUACAGACUUUGUAACCGAGCCCGCUCGAUGGGUCUGUGCCUUCACGUGACCACCAUCUGUGCCUCCCUCACUCCCUCCAAAUUUGUGUAGGCAGCUCCUUGGAGCCAUGCCUACAAAUACAGCAACCCCAGGCCCUAGAAACUGUAGUCAAGGAACAAGCCUAACUUUCUUCCCCCUUUAAAUUAAAUGUCUAUCUGAUCUCUUUGGGGGGGUUUCCAGAUGCAACGUCAGUGUUCUGACAGCGAGAACGCAUUCUAUGUGAGGGUUUUCUAUUGCUGUCCAGGACAUCAGAAUCUUUUAAUAUCCUUGUACUUCCCCUCCUGCAUGCAGUGUAUCUGGAAUAUGUUUACAGAUUUUUAGUGAAGGGUGAGGUAGAGGGUAUCCAAGGGAAAUUCUGAGGGACAACAGUGGCGUGGUUAUUUAAAGAUAAUCAAAAACAAACCAAAAACUUGCUCUGAAAAAACUAAUCAUAACCUACCAUGAAGCGUAUCUUUGUUUUCUAGUGAUCGUCUUUGAACUAUUGCUAUGUAGCCAUACAUUUCUGUAAGUCACACUGGCUCUCAGCUCUUUUUUAUAUGUAAAAGAUACAAAGCACUUCUAUAUGCCAGGUUUUAGAUGUACACUGUAUGUUCAGGAUGGUGUUCAAAAGAUCUGGUGGCCAAAUAUAUCGACUCACAGUGGAAACAUUUGUUUGGAUGAAGGUUCAGCGGUUCAGCCUGUGAAAUGAAUACCUUGAUUUGUUUCUUCUGACUUUGUAGUGCUUCGUUAUCUCAAUUGAUUAUCCCCUUCAAAAAUAGUGGUCUGUACCUGGGUGUUGCGAUGUCAUUCUUAGGGCAUUGAUGAAAUAGUGAAGAGAAAACAAAGCGUUUCCUGUAUGUUUGAGAUGGUUGUUUUUAAAGGGGAUGCAUAUAAUGCAGAUUUUCUUUGUUAAUAAAAUUUUCGUAAUCUUUGAAAACAC